CCUCUGGCUGAGGUUGGUGCGCUCAUAAACUGAUAAGAUGUGUUCCUUUUACAUCGUACGGAUCCUCGCUGCGUUGGCUUUUGCUAGAAAUGGGGAGUCAAGCCUUCAUCCAGAAUGUGAGUACAUUUUUCAGUUGGCGCGGGAGGAGCAUCGAUGUCUUCAGCACAUUGCAGAGCAGGCCAACCACAGUCUACAGGGCUGUCAGCCAUUUUGGGAUGCAGUUCUCUGCUGGCCCAAUGCUGGGGAAGGGGAGACCAUCCACAAGGCCUGUCCGGCGGUCUUCUCCCUGUUCGGGAACAACACAGGGUCUGUGAGCCGGAACUGUACCGAUCAGGGCUGGUCCAUCCCUUUCCCCCAGUACCAUAUCGCCUGCAGCGUGGAUGACGACAUACCAGAGACAGAGCAGGCGUAUUUCACCACGGUGAAGCUCAUCUACACCGUCGGCUAUGGGACAUCUCUUGCAUCUCUUUCAAUUGCAGUCCUAAUCCUGCUCCUCUUCAGGAGGCUGCACUGUGCCAGGAAUUUCAUUCACAUCCAGCUGUUCACUACCUUCAUCCUGAAGGCAGCGGCGGUGUUCAUCAAGGACACCACUCUAUUCUCCAGUGAAGACACUGACCACUGCAACCUCUCCACGUUCUACUGUAAGGCUGCUGUGGUGUUCUGUCACUACUGUGCUAUGACCAACUUCUUCUGGCUGCUGGCGGAGGCUCUUUUCCUCAACUCCCUGCUGCUCUCCUCUUUCUACCACAGUCGUCGCUGUCUCUGGGGCUACGGCCUCCUGGGCUGGGGUGUCCCUGUCCUCUUCAUAAUGCCGUGGAUGGUGUCCAGGGUGUACUUUGAGGAUACAGAAUGCUGGGACAUUAAUGACAACUCUCCCUAUUGGUGGUUCAUCAAAGGUCCAAUUGUGGUCUCCAUUGGGGUCAAUUUCUUGCUCUUCCUGAACAUCAUUAGAAUACUGAUGCAGAAGCUGAACCCACGCCUCAUCCAGUUCAACAACUCAUCCCAGUACAGGCGCUUGACUAAGUCGACCCUGCUGCUGAUACCUCUCUUCGGGUCCCACUACAUGGUCUUUAACUUCCUGCCCGACUACUUCAACGUCAACAUGCGCCUGUGUGUGGAGCUCUGCGUGGGCUCCUUUCAGGGUCUGGUUGUGGCCGUUCUCUAUUGCUUUCUCAACCAGGAGGUCCAGAAGGAGCUGCAGGUGCGAUGGCUGAAGUGGCAGGAGAACACCUAUGGAGUGGUCUCUCCUGGGCCCAAGGGCAGCCAGAUGGACACGCCCUUCUAGUGGUGGAACACC